UCAAUGCAUAAUAAAUGUGGAUAAUUUGUCGGCACAUAAAACGCAUAAUCAGGACUCGAUUACAGGCAAUGUUAUGAAAAGUUUGAGAGAAACUCCCAGUCCUCCCAUUCCUCCACGAAGAAAGAGUUCUAGCGUUCAGUUCGAUAUCCAUAACAUCAAAGAAAGCACUAGAACUCAGUUCAACGCCAACCCCGUUCGUGGCUUAACUUCAAUAUCAGCCGCUCGUCGAGAGUCAUCAAAUUCAAGUUCCAGUUUGUCUAUAAUUCAACAGUCGGUGCCAACCAAUGCUGUCCUCACGUAUGACUUACCGAAGACAUCG